AUGUCGAAUGUCGCUAACCAGCUGCCUGAGGGUGUGUCGUCGGGCGGCGAUUUCACCCAUUCAGUGCUGUACCUCGCGCGCUGGGGACACAAUUUCAAUGCAAAUAGGAUUCGACCUGCGCUGGACCAUAGAGACACGCUUUCAUCUCUGGGCGAUACCGACUCUGUUGAUUGGAACGAAUUCUCGUCCGCGUGGGGCGAUCACGUACUCGACGCUUCAGAUGGCGACGUAGCCCGUUUGUCCUUCAGACGUGCUUUCCCAGAUGACAUCGACGAGCUAAUCAUCGACUCACUUGCAAAUAGCAAAAGCGACCUCUCAGCCCAAGUGGCGCUUACCAGCACGAAGCAGCUGUCCAGCUUUGCGUGGACGGUGGGCACGACGAGCUUUCUCGGGGAGAUGGUCAAAGAGCUAUCGGUCUUUGCUGAUGAACACCAGCCGGGUCAUCUCCGACUGCAACCUAUUGUGCGGUUUCCUGCCGCGCUCGCCCGUAAACUGCCUACCGUAAAGACUGUGCGAAUAUCGGGGAGAUGGCACCAUUCAGCCACGCCAGUCUUCCACCAAAGCUUUUACUGGUCCCUGUGGGAUUUCUCGUCCGUCACGGAGCUGGUCAUCACGGACCUCACGUUCGCGUCCUUUGCCAGCUUCUCUCGCCUGCUCCGCGCGCUUCCUGGUCUGACGUCGCUCGUCUGCAAACGAUUGAAUUGGAAAGGCCAGGAACGGGAUACUGUCUCUCCCCCGGUAGCUCGAACGCACUUGGCAUUUUUCAGCCUUUACAUUGAGUGGUGUCCAAUGGACGAGUUCCUGAAUUGGCUCUCGCGCGCUGCGCUGGAGGGACAUCUCCAAAUACAAACGCUGACGCUGCCUUCUCUGAAUCCACACGACUUGGAACAAGUGAAACGGCUUUUCCCUGCAAUUGGACCCUCCCUUCACCAUCUUACUCUCGGGUUUGGUGUAAUGCGAAUGAAUGUGGACGGUGCCGUCGGUGCGAACAUUGAGCUCUCCGGCAAUCUACAUCUACGCACGUUGACGCUGAACAUGCUGCCGAAGUCGGACAAUGGUUGGGUACACCUUGCCCUCUCCCGAGUAAAGUCCAAGUGCAUGCGCAAUGUGAUAGUGGUGGUUCCUGAGCUCAUGAGCAUGGAAUACCUCGAUAAGGUCGGAUGCGAACACAUUGACGAGAUCCUUGGUCGACCGCACUUCAAGUCAUUGCGAGGUCUGCUGUUCUUAUAUUCGAAAAGCGAUCACCAGAAGGCGGGUGACGAGAAGCGCGACCAAUGGUGGCGCUGGAUUUGCUCGAUUCUAGAGAGCCGGUUGCCCCUUGCGCGUGCAAGAGGGAUCCUCCACUUUCGUCAAAUCUCAUAUGCAGAUGUGUCCAUUACUGCCGCUGCCAUGGGCUCUUGGCUGUUGCACAAAUCACGAAAACCCAUCAUUUCGAGCGGCAUAGUGAUCUCAAUUAUUGCCACUUCCCAAUACCUUACGCCGAGCCUUGGCACGUAA